CGGGCAAGUACAGAUGAAAGAACAUCUCCCAACUUGUGUACAGUUGAUGAUGUAACAGUUGAUUACACAGUCUGCAUGGGGGUUUCAGUGUUUUAGUCCCUGAAAUGAUUCUGGAUUUUGAUGGCUGGUAGUAAAGAAGUUAGCCAUAACUUCAAUGGUGGAAAAGUUUGAAAGUUCUGGAGAGCAUACUUUUGUUGAGACAAAAAAUGUGAAUAACCACACACGUUUCCAGGAGGAGUUAAAAACGUGAAAUCAACCACAGGAAGUUCAUGAAGUCACUCCUGAAAGAAGACACAGCUGCUCCAGCUCCUGUUAUAGAAAAAACACAGAGAAGCAAGUUAUGACACUGGUGACAGGAUUUGAAGCCCCUGAAAAGUAGAGCACUGAAAACUAAAUCUCUGUACCUCAUAAUGAGAAAAUUAUAAAGGAAACCAUGGAAGUCAUGUUUACAUGUCAAAAAUGAAGUAAAGGAAAUGUAAUUGUGUCUCACUGCUCUCAUUGUGAUAUAUGUGAAUUGAUUCUGAGAAUCAAAAUCUGUCUAUCAAUGGGAUCAAAAUCAAAACAGAAGACCAAAAGUUUGGAUCAAUGAAUCACCUGUGACUAAUUGUGUCACUUAAAGGAAACAAGGACUUGACAGAAAAAGGUGGAAAAAAUUCUAAUAUACUGUUAGUGCCACACAGUGGAUUACAACAUUGUGCCUGGUUUAAAAGGGAUCAGAUACUGAGGAAAGAGGACUCCUUACUGCACAUCUUCAUUCCUCAUUGAAAUCAGAUUUCUGUCCUAAUGGAUGGAUAUCAGUGAAUCAGCUUACGAAAACAACCCUUACAAGUGUGAAACACAGUUCUUAUUCUACCAAACAUAUAGAUUACUAAUAAACAAGAACAACUGAUCAAACCACAGCUUAGAACCGAUUUUUUCAUGACAGGGAAUCCUUGGAAAUGCAACAAAAACAACAUUUGUUUCAACAAAGUUCAAGGAAAAUCCUCCAAGUCUUCUAACAAUUGCCUAGAAAUCUGUGAGGUUCCUGGAAAACGUGUUCCUAGCACAACCAACAACCAAGCUGGAGCUGUUGUACGAAUCAUACCUGUUGUUUUGACAUUUCCUUUCACCUGAUGAAACCCCAGUCCUAACUUGUCCUUUUCCAAAACCAACAACGUUAAUAGAAAAAAAUCAGUUGAUAGUGUUGUUAAUGCUACAGAUUUUACUCCUACUUAAGGUAAUCUGUUGAAAAAAACAACUUCAUCUUAAUUGUGAAGACAAGUAUAUGACAACUAUUACAAAAAUUCAUACAAGGAAUAUUGGAUGCACUAUUGUGUUAUUUUUCUGUGAGUAGCCAAGUGGAUUUAUUGAAGGCUAUCAUUAUUGAAGACCUUCCACAACAAUUACAAUCACGUGGUGAAGGGGAGGAUUGACAAAUUCUCAAGAAAAGCAAAUGUGGAUUUAUAUGAUGAAAUAACACCCUUGGGCCUAAUGAUGGUGGAUAAUUUUGUAGUUCUAUUGUGCCAAUAUUUUAGAAGUGGCUAUACCAUUUAAUUCUUCAGAAGAUAUAGCAGGUGAUGAUGAGAUUUGUGAGAAAAAGCUUGACAGCAUUCAAGUAGUUAGAAAUAUAAACACAUCGUGAAAUUAACAUAUCUAAUGCUACGAACAGAUUCAAAAUACAAAAACAGGUGGAUAACCUUGGAUUUAGCUCAUCUUGACAAGAUGGAUGCCUCAACUAUAUGGCGGCAAAUCAACGCGACUCUUCAUACAAAAGAGUCCGCAAAGGUGCUAACUUUGCCCAUACACAAUGGGGGAAACCUUUGCGAGGGGCGUGAUUGCUCCCUUACAACUCAGUACAUGGAAAGUCCAUCAAAUAUCACCAAUCAAUCAGAGAUAUUGAACCAAGACGUACAUUAUAACUGGAUGGUGCUGUUCUUGGGCAUUCUGGUGAUAGCAGGAAUGCUGGGAAAUAUUCUGGUGAUAGUGGCGGUCUCUGUUGAGCAAAAACUACAUAAUGUGACCAAUUAUUUUCUGUUGUCAUUAGCUGUUGCAGACUUGUUGGUAUCUGUGAUAGUGAUGCCACUGGCCAUGAUGCAACUGUUUCUAGGGUCGUGGACAUUAGGCAUCGUUCUUUGUGAUAUCUACGUAACAUGUGAUGUGCUGAUGUGUUCAUCUUCAAUAAUUCACAUGUGCACCAUCUCUCUAGACCGCUACUUAGGAAUUCGCCACCCGCUACGGUACCGCAGCAAAUCGCGCAGUUACGUCUGUGUUAAGAUAAUCAUUGUAUGGUUCAUUUCCUUUGUCGUAUGUUGUCCAAUCACAGUGCUGGGAAUUGCGCAUCACGAACAUAUUCUCCAGGAUAAAUUUUGCUCGAUACAAAAUAAGCCAUUCAUGUUGUAUGGAUCGAUAGCUGCAUUUUUCAUUCCGCUGGUCAUUAUGGUUGUUACUUACAUCCUCACAGUGAAAUUAUUACAGAAACAAGUGCAAAUGUAUAAAAGAAAGAGCAAGGAGGGCCAGGUUCUUAUACGACGCUCAGGAGCAAAACCCAAACGACGAUUCAGAAAACCCCCGAUUGAUGUUUGCCGUCCAAUAUGUACCAAUGAAAAAGAAGCAACAGGUUAUCGAAAUGGGAACUUGGGCAAUUACAAUAAUAAUCAAGGUAGUUCAAACAUAACACUGAACGAUCACCAUCAACACCCUUUUCUUCAUCAAAUAGACAACCAUACUCAUCAGUUGACAGCACAACUGCACUAUAGUUCCUCUGGAACAGAGUCCAAGGAUUCUUCACCUCCAACACCACCGCCACCCAGCCCCUUUAACCAACGCCCACGAAGCAUGGGAAUGUUUGAAAAGGGGUCAAGUAGCCAGGAUGUCAACAACCUAUCGCACAGUGACAACAUAAAUGGAGUCCUCCCUCAUCGAGCAAGAGCACAUACCGUCAGCCACGAACCGAGUAAUUUCGACGCCAUUACUACAGAGGAAGAUGCCUCGAAUCGAGGUUCAAGUAAUUCUGUGGAUUCGGGCCAAAGUCCAUUUCGCAAUGGUACCAGUUCUCGAAGAGCUCGAGACUUGUGGCACAAACCCAGUAUGGCUUUGCGAGCAGCCAAUAUUAUGAUAAACCACAGACGAGAAAAAGUGAAAACUGUACGGACAGAACAGAAGGCGUCAAAGGUGCUAGGAAUCGUGUUUGUGGUAUUUGUAGUGUGCUGGGCACCCUUCUUUAUCACAAACUUCAUGACCCCGUUAUGCAAAGCAUGUCACUUUAGCGAGAACCUGAUCACCGUGUUUGUGUGGCUAGGGUAUGCCUCAAGCAUACUGAACCCUCUGAUCUACACCGUGUUUAACAAGACAUUCAAGGACACCUUUGUGGACCUUCUCCUCUGCCGUUACAGUAAAAAACACAAACUUAGCAAAUUGUACUCUCUCAGUUUUCUGAAUGCUCAUGCCGCAGCUUGGGCAGGGCGGAGCAUUCCUUCCAGCUAUAAAAAGAAACUAAGUUUACGAAAAAGCAAGGAAGCGUCAACAGUGACUACAAACAUAUGAUAAGAACUGACUGAAUCACAAGGUGUAAUUUUUUUUUAAAUAAUCAAUUUAACUUAAUGCCAUAGUUUUUCUCACUGACCACAAACACAUGAUGACGUGAGUACAGUUUGACUUUUAAAUUAUUUAUGAACAGUUAAUAUUACUUACAGCAUUUUGAGAAACAAAAGCAUUUCAGAUUUCUAUGUUCUAGAAGAUUUUGUACUAGAAAAUAAUGCUGUUGCAAUUACCAUUACAAGAAUUCUGCAGUUCUCAGGAUAUGAUCACUGCUUUUAUUCUUCAUUGUUGACUGCUUGACCCAUAGUUAACUUGACCACAAUUGCAAGUGACCAACAGUUUGAUGAAAUUAGCAAAGAAGAAUAAAAGCUUGAAUCUCAAACUAAAAACUGUAUUUAUUAAGGGAAAAAAA